GUAGAAAAUAUGAGCACCGAUCACAAAAUUUCAAGAUACUAUGAAGAUGAAAUCAAUUAUUAUUACAUCCAGAAUAUAGUGAUAUGGAUCAUCAUCAGCAUCAGUCUUCCUCUAACUGUCAUGGCCUUGUACUUUCUGGUGCAAGAUAAAAACAUUCAGACCUAUGUCAUCAAUCUCUUCAUCUCUGAUGUCAUUCAGCUCUGCUGCCUGGUCAUUGUAACUGCAGAUCCAAAACAAGAGAUAGUCCUUGUCUGUCUGAUGAUUUACUGGUAUGCUGAAAUGACCAGUAUCAACUUCAUGGUUUGUGUUGCCUUUGAACGAUAUUUAGCCAUCGCCCAUCCAUUGUGGUACCGUUUCAGCCGAUCCGUCAAGAUUAAUGCAGUGGUUUGUGUUGUGGUCUGGCUCCUUUCUGUUGUCUUAGCUGUUCCAAUGUUUUUUCUUUAUGAAGAGGGGAUCGCUGUAAUAAUGAGUGCCACCUUCCACCUCCUUCCCUUUCCCUGUUUCAUCUUCUUCUUGGUUGGGGCAGUUCGAGCCCUAUCUGCAGCCAUUCACCUCAACUCUGUUGAAAAACGACGAAUCAUUGGAACAUUGGUGUUACCCAUUCUUACUUACUCAAUGCUAUUCACUCCUUUUAUUAUUAGGCAUUUUGUAGAGGAAAUAAUUAGCAUGAAGAUAACAAUUAUCAUUUUCAUAUGUAUUUCUUUGAGUCCUCUUGCAAAUGUUAUUCUGUAUGUUUUCAUCAGGAGAGGGUUUCUGGACAAACUGUUGGUCUCUCUCUGUUGUAAAAUGGAUGAGAAUGAGAAUAACACAAGUGAGACGGCAUUGUAGAAAAUUAGAGGGAGAAGUGUAGGACAAAAAACAGCUGUCCUCUAAUUUUUCAAUGUUAUUUUAUGUGUAACAGUAGGGUGACUAUAUUUCAGGGAUUAAAGCACAAAUUUUUCGUCUGACUGAAAAUUUUCUUCUGGUCAAAAUCAUUGGCCACUUUUAAAAAUGAUGCAAUACAAUACUACUAUAGCAUACAAGUUUAUAUAGUCAAAU